AAUAUCCUUGAAUCUAAUUCGCUUCACAUUAAUUUCGUUCGUCUUUCCUUAAUACUGAGAGCAAAAACACAAAAGACACAUCCCUCAUUGACGAAUUCGAAAAGAUCUCUUUUUUUUUUCACAUUGAACUGGCUCGAGUUCGAAUUCGAAUUCUUGGAGGAAGAAGAUGAAGCCGAGCUUCACCUUCUUCUGUUUCUGUUGAUUCAAUAUGGCUUCAUCUUCCCAACGACGCUGCGUUUUCGUUGGGAACAUUCCUUACGACGUUACCGAGGAACAACUCAGAGACAUUUGUGGCGAGGUUGGACCUGUUGUCUCCUUUAGAUUAGUUACCGAUAGAGAAACGGGUAAACCUAAAGGCUAUGGCUUUUGCGAGUAUAAGGACGAAGAGACAGCGUUGAGUGCUCGUCGUAAUCUCCAGAGUUAUGAAAUCAAUGGCCGUCAGUUAAGAGUUGAUUUCGCUGAGAAUGACAAAGGAACCGACAAAACCCGAGAUCAGGGUCAAGGAGGUCCUGCUUUACCUGCUGCUACUGAAUCUCAAAAGCAGUUUGGAGGGUCUGUAGAUUUAAAUAUGCAUCAGCCGGUUGGUGUCAACCUUGCUAUAUCAGCUGCAUCUGUUAUGGCCGGUGCGCUUGGUGGUCCUCAAGUUGGUACACAAAGUACACUGCAGGCUCCAGCUAGUGAUCCCCUGACUCUUCAUCUUGCUAAGAUGUCUAGGAGUCAGCUCUCCGAAAUUAUAUCGUCCGUUAAGUUAAUGGCUACGCAGAACAAGGAACAAGCUCGACAGUUGCUGGUUUCGAGACCUCAGUUGCUAAAAGCUGUUUUCCUGGCACAGAUAAUGCUUGGGAUUGUGAGUCCACAAGUCUUGCAGACGCCAAAUAUUGUUCAGGCCCCAAAUCAUAUGUCAGGGUCGUCCAUUCAGGACACACAACUAUCUGGUCAAGUAUCUACUCAGAACCUAUUACCGCCACUGGCACAAAGGUCACAGCAGCUAAGUCGACCUACCCACAGUCAGUUUCCCAUUCAACAGUCUUCUAAACAACCAUUUAGUCAGAUUCCACAACUAGUAGCCCAACCAGGCCCUUCUUCUAUGAAUGCCCAAGUUCAAGGUCUCAGCGAAACCGCUCCAUUCCAACGCCAAAAACAAUUGGUUCCAACUUCCAUCAGCAUGGGUUAUAGUGUUCAGGCUUCAGUUCCGAAUAGUGCUAUCCAGCCAUCUCAAGUACCUCGGCCACUACUAACAAACUCUGUUAUGCAGCAAGGUGGACAUAUGGUAUCACUAAACUAUGGCAAAAGAAUAAACGAGGGACCUCAUGAAUCAAUAAACAGACCAUCGAAGAUGAUGAGAGUGGAUGAAAGGAGAACUGCUUCAUUCAGUGACGGUCAUGCGUCUAACUCAAUGCUUCCAAAUCCUGUACAAGUACAAGAGAGAGCGCAUCAGACACAGAUCUCCCCGGAUGUCCAGGCAACGUUGCUCCAGCAAGUAAUGAACCUGACACCGGAACAGCUGAGGUUGCUGACUCCAGAGCAACAGCAAGAAGUCAGAAAGCUGCAACAAGCGCUCAAGCAAGACAACAUGACGCAGCAUUCAUAGCAUUGAGGUUGGUUGGUUGGUUUGAUUUGAUUGAAACUAAACUUGCAGAGAUGAAAAGGUUUUUGGCACACAGAUUACCAUAGAAAGAAGAAGGAUUCUCUCACCUGAACUGGUGGGUGAUUGUACUAUUAGUGUAGCAUUUAUUUGUGCUGAGUUUGUCUUUAUAGUCAUAGAAGAAAAUAUCGAGCCAUCAAUAAUAUAAAAGAGAAAGUUACAAGUCAAAAAGUCUCAGAACAACUGUGUCCUCUCUCUCUUAUCUCCUUUUUUUGUUGCUUUAAGUAAACCAUCCUUCAUUAUCAUGUAGCCACUGGUCAGAACUUCAGUGAUUAAACAUUUUAUUUCACCAAAGCUUACCAGUAAGGGAAAUAAAAAAAGAUGCAAGUUGAUUU